AAAAAACUUGUAACAUUUUUGAGCUCAUGUAAAGUUUAGACAUGAGUCAUGCCAGCAGAGGAAAGACACUCUCACUACAGUCAGUCUACUAUUCAAACGUAGAUGAAAGCAAUCGAUUAGUUCUGAACGGUAAUUCUCGCACAACGGUUGUUAUUCGCUUAUUCCAGAUAAAUAUCGCAUAAGCGCUGAAAUAAACUUGUACCCUGAAGAUGUCUGGUAUUCAAGACCCGUAUGACAGUGGUAUACAGAUGACCGUUGAGCCUCAGUUGCCUAAUUUCACAACAAUCCCCAUUAAUCCAAAUCCGCGGGUGGGUCCAAAACCUACACAAAUACGCUGUCCACAAUGUAAAUGUAAGGUGACGACGGAUAUUCGAUAUCGUGCGACGACUAGAACGCACUUGGCUUGUAUACUGCUUACAUGGACUUGUUUUUGCUGCUGUUUGCCGUACUGCAUGAACACUUGCCGCAAUGCGAAUCACUACUGCCCCAUGUGUGGCACUUUCAUAGGCGCAUAUGAAUCUUAAGGGCUCAAAACGA